CCACAAUAGAUCUGAGAAGGUCGCAGUGGAUCAGGCCGAAUGCCACCUCUAAGAAUCUAAUCUAAUCUAAUAAUAUGAACUGCGCUUCUAAUUUUAGUACCAUUACUUUAUUAUUAAAAAAAAUGAUAACCUUGUAGAAUCAUAUUAAAAAUACAUAAUGAUUAGAAAUAUAAAAAUGAGUAGCUAACAUUCAAUCAUUUCUGAAUAAACUAUAGCUUUACUUAAACCUAUCUCGAUACCUAUUAAUUGAGCUUUAAUUUAUUAUACUACAUAAUUUAUUGAUAAUUUGUUCUUAAUGAUUGCCUAAUACUAUUAUUUACAAAUAUUGAAAAGGUUUACAUUAGUUAAACAAGUUCCUCGUUAAUUAAAAAAGUUUACGCUAUUUUUGUUUUAAUUUUUAUGGUAAAAUGAAUUUAUAUGAAUAAGUAUACUUAACUACUUAUGAUCGACAUAAAUUGUGCAGUUACACCUAACAUACUACCAUACUUAAAAUCUCUUGAUGAAGGACCAUAACUACUUGAACUAGAUGGCGUCAGUUUCUGUGAAAGACGAAGACCUACCAGACGUAGUUUACUUUAGAUUUUUGGACGAAAAUGGCAGAAUUAGCAAAGAAUCUAUUAAGAAUGCCCUUAUUAAACCACCUUAUCCAGCUAAAUACUAUUGGAAUGUCAUACUGUUUAUUUUAGCUUUAAUAGUGUUCCUUUUAUGGAACUUCGGCGUCAUACCAGGCAACAAACUGGGAUUUUUCUGCCAAGAUCCCAUUUUUUCACAUAAAUAUGAAGGAGACACAAUUUCAGCCACAACACUAGGUCUAGGAGUGGCUUUGUUACCUGUUCUGGUCUGGUUCAGCGUAGAAAGAUUGAGACAGGGAUCAAUGAGAAAGUGUAUCAGUUUAAAAUGUUUUUUUCAUUUUUACCUCUUCGCUAAACAGUUUAUAAUUGGAGUUCUUGGAGUUGGUAUAGUUGCAGAAAUAGCUAAAACUAUAGUGGGUGAACACAGGCCGCAUUUCUUCGACACCUGCAGGCCCGAUACUAAUGUAAACUGUACCCCAGGUAGCUAUAUUUCCUCAUUUACCUGCACCAACACGUUGGUAGACCGAAUAGAUUUGAUCGACUCAUCUAGAUCGUUUCCCAGCGGUCACUCUGCAUUGAGUUGGUUUACCGCUAUUUUCUGUGCAUAUGUCGUUCAAAGACGUUUACCCAGCCACAUUGUAGGUACAUCAAUCAAACUCUUGAUGCUGGGUAUAUGCGUAUCGUUUGGAUUGGUGUGUUCUUUAAGUAGAAUCACCGACAGGAGACAUCAUUGGUGGGAUGUCCUCGCAGGUACGGCAAUAGGAAUUUCAGGAGCGGCGCAUAUGAUCAGGAUUACUGAAAGGCAUUACAGAAUACUUAAGGAACAGCUGUUAGAAGUUGGAGAAAGGGAUAUUGAUGAAGUUUAGUAGGAAUAAUCCAAAUAAUACCCUCUAGUUUGAAACAUAGUUAUUUAAUUAU